CCUGUCCUAGUGUCCCGACCCUCCCUGUCACUGCACCCCAGCCAGGGGGUGUCCCUGGGUGACACUGUCACCCUAAGGUGCCAUCUGCCCCAGCUGGCUGCCUGGGUCUGGCUCUACAAGGAAGGACGUUGGAUACACAGCAAUUACAAGUACAAGGAGCAGGACACUGCAGACUUCUCCUUCUUGAGCACGUAUCGGGAGCACGCAGGUACAUAUUGGUGUCGGUACCGGCUGCCUUGGUCAGCCGUGGAAUCAGAGAAGAGUGAUCCUGUGGAGCUGGUGCUGACAGAUCGCAGAUUCCCCCCACCCAGCAUUUCCCUGAGCCCUGAGGAAUGUGUGGAGACAGGGACCAAUGUAACCAUCCAGUGCUGGAACAAGAAGUAUGGG